CUCAGGAUAAAGCAGUGUUACCCUCGCCGUCCGCUACAGUGCACCAUAAUACUUGUCACCAUUUAGCUUAGUUAUUUUUGUCAUACUAAUUUAUAUAUACUUUUAUAUUUGUAGGACUCGAGAUACACGUUGGCGAUGACAGGCUCAAACAAUGCACACUGUGAGAGCAAAAGCACAGUAGCUCGCCGCAGAUGGAAGAUAUUGGCAGAGGCUCUACAGAGAUCCAGUUCCAGGGAUGCUUCACCAGAUAGUGCUUCGACUCGAAAGUUCCAGUCUUUUGGACUUUUGUCAUUUGAUCCUCUUGGCCAGGACUUCUAUUCUGUCAAGUGCAUCAACUCGGAUUUAACAGUUAUUGUAAGGCUAUUGCGUCGAGACUUCAGCCCCAGUGAGCUUACCGGUUUCAACAAUACUGGCAACGUUUGUAUCUGGCCAUCUGAAGAAAUACUUACAUAUUACUGCCUCAAUAAUCUCAAAAUAUUCUCUGGAAAAUCUGUGUUAGAACUUGGAGGAGGCAUGACCUGUUUGGCAGGCAUGCUGGUUGCAGCUAGUGGGGUGCCAUCCAAAAUAGUGCUAACAGAUGGCAAUGCCCUGUCUGUCAAUAAUGUUAAAGUGUCCUUACAGAGGAAUGAUUUACCUUCUGAAACUUGUGCUAGAGUACUUCGCUGGGGGGCCCAAGAAGAAGGUUCGCCACCCCAGGGAAAAUUUGAUGUUGCGAUGUGUGCUGAUUGCUUAUUUUUUGACGAGGGCAGAGAGAGCUUACUAUUGACUCUUCUAACUGUGUUGCGUCCUGGAGGAACUGCCCUUGUUGUUGCUCCAUCUAGAAGUGGGACCUUCCACAUGUUUGCCAGUAUGUGCCGCCCACAUUUUGUGGUGGCUGUUAUUGAAAAAUAUGAUCACAUAGUUGAUCAGUACGUCCAGAAGAGUGCCAUGGAUCCAUACUACAAUGAGAAUCUUCACUUUCCUCUUUUGAUGAUACUAAAAAGGCUUGGGACCAACAACUAGUACUGAUACAGUUAUCUCCAGACAAGACGUACAAGUAUUUGGUAAAUUGUAUGCUUUGAAGACAUACAUAUGACAGUUUUACUGUGUUUGCCUGUUUUAAUUAUUUUGGUACAUGAAGCUUGGCUUAUUUUAGUACCUAUGUUAAUCUUCAAGGAAUGUUGUUAGGCUUCAUGUGUAUACUACUGGAGAACAUGAAAUAAGUUCCUAUUUAUUAAUACUAUUGUUAUUUUAAUCUUCAAAACUGUUAUAGUUUUAGUUGGAAUUAGGACAUUGAUUUUUAGACUCCCUUUGUAUUGUUAUGCUUGUGACUUAACACCCUUGUUUCAUUACUUGUUCCACUUGAGUUUAAUCACUUAAACUACUUAAUACUCUAUCUGAUGGAAUCAGUGAAUAUUAUGUAAGGCAUAUCAUUAGGUUAAUGAAAAGUUUUAAGUCUACAGUGCAAUAUUAUUGCAUCUGUGAAGCUAAAAUAGGUGGUAAAAGUCUGUAUGCAGAGCACACUAUUUAAAAAAUUUAAUAUUGUACUAUAAUCAGUACCAAUAACUAAAAUAAUUAUAUGGCAUUUUUGCAAAGUUGUAGUGUAACACUCAUUUCAAUUUAUUAUUUGGUAGCCUUUUAUCUAUGCAUCAAAAAAAUGUGGUGUUCUAAAGCCUUUACCUCUCCAUACCUUUUCUGAACCCUCAUUCCAACCCUCCUAGGGUAUAUCCUACACAUCUUUCCACUCAUCUUUUAUUUACUCUUAAUUAUCCUAUCAUUCUCGAUUCUUUCUAUAUGACCAAGCCAUGUCAUCAAUUUCUUUUCUGCUGUGAUUUAUACCUUUCAUGUUAUUAUAAUAUCUUCUAUUUUCUUUUUUCCUUGUUCUUUCCAUAACACAAUGAUCUCAAAAAGACAUUUCCACUGCCUCCUACCUCUUCCUUGCAGCAGUGUUUAAAGAUAAUGCUUUAUACCCACAAUAAAACAAUGUCAGCACUGCUAUACUCUGAUACAUUCCUAUUUUUGCAUAAGUUGACAAACUUUUUUCAUCCACAGACUCCUCAACACUCCUUAUUUACUGAAUGAUUUACCUCAUUCUUCUUGUCAGAAGAGAGUUUGCAGUUACGGGACCUGACUGCUGUUCAGACAUACUGUUUACACUCAGUAGUCAUUGGAUAUAAUAAAACUAUCGAGUCAAAACUUGUGAAAGUGCUGUGUUAUUCAGAUGACAUUAGUAUAAAUACAAAUGUAAUAUAAAUCAGUAGUUGUUAGGACAUCAUUAACUAAGUUUAUAUAUAUAAAACCACAGCCAGUUUCGUUGUCUGACUCCCUACCUUCAUUACAGUGGAACCUUGGUUGUCGAAUUCAGUUUGAUCCAGAUGUUGAUUUGACUACCAAAAUAGAUGACAACCAAAGCAAUUUUUCCCAUAAAGAAUAAUGUAAAUAGAAUUAAUCCCUUUUAGACCCCCAACUGACAAUAUAAUAAUUUAUUAAAAAUGUACUACUACAUAAAAUUGUAAAAAUGAAUACUUAAAGAAACUUUAACUGAAAUGCUGUACAGUAAAUGAAAAUGUAACUGCCUCUUACCUGUCAGAGGAGAGCUAAUGGCAUACUGGAAGCAGGAGGUAGAGGACUGCUUAGAAGGAGAGUCACCUAUUAAUAUGUCAGGCAACUGUCCUUCUGGUGAUGUUUCUCUUCUUUGUCUCUCUUCACCACUAACCAUGUUCUGGCUCAUGGUUUUUUGUCUCGCUAGAAACCUGUCCAGUGAGAUUUUUCAUUCUCCAUUUUAACACUUGUCUAAACUGGGACAUUACACUGUCAUUGUGUGUGUUAGAGAGACAGAUGUCUGGAUGAUAUUUUGUUGGCAAGCACCUGCACUUCACACCAUUUAGCACACAUUUCCUUGACAAGUGCAGUGAGCACUUCAUCCCUUUUCUCCUCUUCCUCUGAUGACAGCUCCUCUGCUGCAGUCCAUUGCUGUUCCUUCUGAAGGUCUACAGGCUCUGUGGUGAGUUCACUUCUGUGCUCCUCCACCAACUUAUCCACAUCAUCUUCAGUCAUCUCUAGGCCCAAGGCCUUCCCCAGGGACAAAAUAUCCUAUACCCCUAUACCGGUUCAGGCUUAUCUUCAAAGCCUUCAAAAUCCCUGGCUGCCACAGAGUCAGGCCACAGUUUCUUCCAUGCUGGCUGCAUGGUCCUGGAAGACACGUUUCCCUGAGUUUGUCUAUAAGCCUCAAGCAGGCUAAUUUUGUUUCUGAAGUGAUUUCAAAGCACCUUUAAAAAAGUGCUUUGGUGUAGAGUUUCUUGAAGUUAGAAAUGAACUGCUUGUCCAUGGGCUAGAUGAGAGGAGUGGUGUCAAGAGGCAGGAACUUCACGGUUAUAAAACUGAACUCCUCGAGCAACUUAUUUUCCAAGCUUGGAGGGUGAGCAGGAACAUAAUCCACAAGUAAAAGGGCCCUGAGUGGCAAUUGUUUUUAAUGAGCUACUUUUUGACAGUGGGAGCAAAGACCUCAUGAACCCACUCAAUAAAAAAUUGUCUUGUUACCCAAGCUUUCAUGUUGGCCCUCUACAUUACAGCCAGUUUGUUUUUCUUAACAUUGUUCUUAAAAGCUCAUGGAUUUUCGGAAUAAUAAACAAGUAAGGGCUUCAAUUUCAAGUCCCCACCUCCAUUACUAGACAGUAACAGAGUGAGCCUGUCUUUCACUGGCUUGUCUCCUGACAUUGAUUUUUCCUUUUCCAUUAUGUAGGUCCUCUUGGGCAUUUUCUUUUAGUAGAGGCCUGUCUCGUCACAAACACUUGCUGGGGGACAAACCUCUCAGCCUCUGUGUACUCUUGGUAUUCAGUAACAUACUUUUCAACAGCCACUUUGUCAGCCUCCCCAUGCUUAGCCACUUCUUUUCUUAAAAUUAUCAAACCAUCUCCUACUAGCCUUGACUCAGACCCAUGCUGUCGACUCAUUGUCCAGUGCGCAUUCUGUGAGCAUGUGACCCAAACCGUUUGCUUUGUUGGUCGACAACCAAGGGAACAUAUGAAAACCAGGAUAUUUUUCUCCUUGAAUUCCCUUUUCAAAAACUGAUUUGUUCAACAAGUAAUGUGGUUGUCAACAAAGGUUCCACUGUACUAGCUCUAAAUAAGCCCAAUAUCUGAAAGUAAUAUUAUUUUGUAUGAGGCCAGAUACAGAUAUACAUACAUGAAAUAUUGAUGAAGAGAUUAAAGUUAAACUUUUGUGGCUUCUCACAUGAGCCUGUGGGAGCAUUGUGAGGUUGAUAUCUCGGCCAAAUUAGCAAUAAACAAAGAAUGUGACAUUCGUUCAUUAUAUUUCAGAAUGUCCAGAUAUACUUAGAUGAAUCCAAACAGACCAUACAGGAAAGGGUAAAACACUUCCUUGCUAAUGAUAAAAUAGCUGAAAUUUUCAGAUUGUUUCCACCUCUUUGCACUGGCUAGAUGAGAUUGUUUCAACCUCUUUGCACCAGCUAGAGGAAUGAACUUAUUUAAUGAGAUUCUAACCUGGUAAGUGAUCACAGUUUAUAGUGGUAAUGAUAAUUUGUUUGAAGAUUGUAUUUGCAUUAUGCACUGAGUAGAUGAUUAGUUAUGAGAUAAGAUUGUAAUAUAUGGAAUGACUAAUAUCUUAAUGAUGCAAGUAUUGCAUCUAAGCCCAGUGAGGUUCUGGCAAAGACCCAUUGUGACCUCUGUAAUCCUGUUUUUAUGCUUCUGUUAACAGGAUGAGAAAUGAGUGCUUAAUGACAGUCACUUAGCUGGCACCAAGGAAGUGUUUUAUUACAUGUUACAUAAUGUGAACGCAUUACAAAUAAAAUUUAAUGUAUCAGUGCUUCAGAACACUUGUAUAAAUUUUGAAUUUGUUUAUAUUAUUAUCAUUAGUAAUGUACAUUAAUUUCCAUCAAAUAAACACUGUUUUGUUGUGAAUUAAGAGGUAAACACAGUAUCACUGGUACAUGCUUGAUCACCAGUAUAUCAGAUACUCACCUUGCAAACUCUCUAUAUCCAUCUGACCCUUACAGGUUUAGCACUUGGUUAUGAUUAUAAUAAAUUACACCCAUCUGCUGAUUCAUCUACUCCUAGUAUCUGAAUACUUUUCCUUCCAUCAUACUCAUGCCUAUCAUUUUGAUCUCUUAAUGUUUCAUUGUCUGACUUUCUACUUAUUUUCAUCCACUUGCUCUAUUCUACAUUCAUUUUUAUAAUUACUUUUUGUACACCCUUUCAGUCUCCUUUGCUGACUUCUGAAUUUAAUAGCACUGUUUCAGCCACAAACAGUAUUUGUUACUAUUUCCACAUGGAUUCAAAUUCAUUUUCAUUUUGAACUACAGUCUCCCAAGCAUUCAACCAUUUAUAUCUAUUUCAACCAUGUGUAAACUCAACCAUUCUUGUGUAACAUGCAAGAUUUCAGGUACAUCUUGCUACUUCUACUUACACUUAGGUCACACUACACAUACAUGUACAAGCAUAUAUAUACACACCCCUCUGGGUUUUCUUCUAUUUUUUUCUAGUUCUUGCUCUUGUUUGUUUCCUCUUAUCUCCAUGGGGAAGUGGAACAGAAUUCUUCCUCCGUAAGCCAUGUGUGUCGUAAGAGGCGACUAAAAUGCCGGGAGCAAGGGGCUAGUAACCCCUUCUCCUGCAUAUAUUACUGAAUGUAAAAGGAGAAACUUUCGUUUUUCGUUUUGGGCCACCCCGCCUCGGUGGGAUACGGCCGGUGUGUUGAAAGAAAGAAAGAUUCUUGUGUAAGUCUCACUUGUACUGGGAAUCUUUUUCCCUUCAUUUACACACUGACCUUUUUAUUAUUUCCCAAAUAACUUUUGUUACAGCUUUCAAGAGCAUAGUACAGGAAGGCCCCGCUUUACGGCGUUUCACUUUACGGCGUUCCGCUAAUACGGACAUUUCAAAUUAUGACCAAAACUCACUAUACGGCUCCCCCCACCUGACUUUCUAAUACGGUCACCGUGCCCCACCCUGUUUGUUUACAUUCUCCAUGAGCUCAGUAAGCACUAAGUCUCUCCAUUUUGUCUGG